AUACAACUAUAUAGAGAUUAUCUUGAGAGAGUGAGAGAGAGAGAGAGGAGAGAAAAUCAAAAAGGGGGGAGAUAGACAAAGAGAGGGAGGGCGUCGAGCGUGCCACACACACUGCUGCUGUCGUUCCCGGUUUUUGCCCGGUUCCAGGACGCGAAACACUAAUAAUUUACAUUUUAUUAUUUCUUUUAAUAUUAAAAAAAAUAAUUAUUAUUAUUAUUAUAUUUAUAUAAUAAUAAUUAAAAUAUAUUUUUAGAAAUAAUAUAAAAUUAAUUAUUAAUUACAAGUGUACGUGUGUGUAUGUGUUUAUGUUAAUGUAAAUAGAAAAAAAAAAAAAAAAAGAAAUUUUUCUAACACAUUACAAAAACGCACGCGGUAUUGUAAAAAUGGCGAAAGCAUUUCGCGCGGUGUCAGUAUCGACUUUGUCAAACAAUGGACAAUCAAUACCUAAAUAUUGUGAACCAGUGUCACUCAAUAUUAAUUAUGAUCCACAAGGAAUUAGUAUUGAAUUUUUAUCUGAUAAUUCAACAGACAAGGAGCCAAAACAAUUGCUUGAAUUUCCGGUGACACAUACAACCGAGUGUUCCAGGGUUUCUUCAAAAAGUUAUGUGUUUACUCUUGACUCUGACAGUCUUCUUUUGACAUUCUCCAAUGAGUCAGAUUUUCGUAAUUUUCAUUCUCAAAUAUUAAAGCUUAAAAAUGGCAAGGGAAUAUCAGCAUUUAAUGAAAGAACAGAGGAUCUUUCAGCAAUGCAAUAUUUUCAAUUUUAUGGAUAUUUAUCACAACAACAAAAUAUGAUGCAAGAUUAUAUAAGAACAAGUACAUAUCAACGUGCAAUACUUGGUAAUUUAUCUGAUUUUAAAGAUAAAAUUGUACUUGAUGUUGGUGCUGGUUCUGGAAUAUUAUCAUUUUUUGCAAUUCAAGCUGGUGCUAAAAAAGUAUAUGCUGUUGAAGCAAGUAAUAUGGCUAGUCAUGCUGAAUUAUUAGUUGCUGCAAAUAAUUUAAGUGAUAAAAUUGUUGUUAUUGCUGGUAAAAUUGAAGAAAUUGAAUUACCAGAACGUGUUGAUUGUAUUGUCAGUGAACCAAUGGGUUACAUGUUAUACAAUGAAAGAAUGCUUGAGACUUAUCUUCAUGCUAAAAAAUGGCUUGUUCCAGCUGGAAGAAUGUUCCCAUCAAGAGGUGAUUUACAUAUAGCUCCAUUUUCUGAUGAAACAUUGUAUAUGGAACAAUUUAAUAAAGCUAAUUUUUGGUAUCAAACUUGCUUCCAUGGUGUUGAUUUAUCAUCACUUCGUAAUAGUGCCAUUAAAGAAUACUUCCGACAGCCAAUUGUUGAUACAUUUGAUAUACGUAUUUGCAUGGCUAAAUCAGUUAGACAUGUUGUUGAUUUUCAAACUGCUGAUGAGACUGAUUUACACAAAAUAGAAAUUGAUGUUGAUUUUCAUAUAUUGGAAAGUGGUACAUGCCAUGGUCUUGCAUUUUGGUUUGAUGUUGCAUUUAUUGGAUCAACACAACAAGUUUGGUUGAGUACAGCACCAACUGAACCACUUACUCAUUGGUAUCAAGUAAGAUGUCUUCUUGAAAAUCCUCUAUUUUGUAAAAGUGGCCAAUUGCUUUCUGGAAAAGUUAUUUUAGUUGCAAAUAAAAGACAAUCAUAUGAUGUUACAAUAGAUUUAAAACUUGAAGGUACAAAUAUGGAGAGUAGUAGUAAUACUCUUGAUUUAAAAAAUCCAUACUUUAGAUAUACUGGUGCUGUUGCACCAUUACCAGCUGGUUUAAAUAGUACAUCACCAAGUGAAUCAUAUUGGACAACACUUGAUGCUCAAGGAGCAAGACAAGCUGUUAAUAUGGUUAAUGGUAUGUCUGUCAAUGGACUUGGUGAAGUGUCAAUGGAUGCAAGUGGCGCUGUCAAUCCAAGUAAUUUACUAGCACUAGGGGGGCAGCCAAAUAUUCAUCCAGGCUCAAUAUCAAGUACAGGUCGUGGUAGGUCACUUGGUGGAACAGCACCAACAAGUACACAAGCUGCACAACUUAUUGGUGGUGGUAUAACACCAAAUUUGUUUACCUCACCAGCAACUCUUGGUGUUACUUUUCAGCAAUCAUUGGUACUUGGCAAUACAUCACAUUAUCCAGUUAAUCCAAAUUUAAUGAUUGGUGAUUAUGUUACACCUGGUAAUGGAAUAUCGACACAAUCAUAUAGACAAUGAUCCAUGCCUAAAUCAUUCAUCAUCAAUGACAAUCAUUCACGUAAAAAUAGAAAAUUUAAUAUUAAAAAUAAUUAUUAUUAUCGUCAAUAUUAUAACAUAGUCAAUAAUUUCAUAUCAACAAAUAAUAAUCGUCGAAAACGUCGAUUUUUUUUUAGCUCAACAACAAGUAAAUUACAUAUGACAUCAGCUCUUCAUAUUCUUCAUUCAACUGAUAUUAAUUUUCAAUCAAAAUUAAAUUAUAAAAAUUGUAUUUACAGUAGAAAUUAUUUUUCUUCCUGUGAAAAACAAUGGAAAAUAUUACGUCCUAUAAUAUCGUAGCAUUUUAGUUCUGAAAAAAAUAGAAAAUUUCUUUUUUUUUAUUUUAGAAAUUUGUUCUUCCAAGUUUAUAUAUAAAAAAAAAAAAUACGUAUGUAUGUAAAAGAAUUUUUAAAUGAUGAAAAGAAACAUUGCUUGCCAAUUUAAUGAUUACAUGAUUAAAAUAUUUUAUAAUGAUUAAUGACAAUACAGUUUUAAUUGUCAGGCAAUUUUUUAAAUUUUAUUUAUUAAAUAAUUUCAUGUGCUUUUCAUUAUUAUAUUGUAUUUGUAAUUAUUAUUUUUUUGAAUGAGCUGGGUAUUCAGGUCAACUAUCUGUGAAUUAAUUUCUUUUUUAAUUUAAUUUAAUUUCUUUGUAAUCGAAUAUUGAGGACAUUAAUUAUACGAUAAAUAGAAUAGUUGAUAUUUUUAAGAUAA